UCUGUCGUGUGCCAUGCGAGCGUGGGAGCACAUGUGUGCGCCAGUGCAGUGCGUGGGCAGAUCUAUUUGACCCCUCGCUGCAUCGAUGCAGCGAUCCAUACGUGGCAUUCGUUCAGCCAAUAGUGUGUGUGUGCUGGUCGGUCAAAAUAUAUGUGAAGAUCGCUCCCCCCGCCCCAUGUAGCAACUCACUCAGCAAGUCAGUCCGUCUAUCUGCCAUCCAUCCAUCGCACUCGUGUCUGUCUCCCUUACUCGGUGCAUUCACUCACGCACGACUAUCUAUUUAUCUUGAAUUUGGACGGACGAUUUGUAGAAAAUAAUGACACACACAGAUACAUACGGCAUCCAUCCCGUCACUCAUACGUACGCGGUGUCCAUACGGCUCGUCUGUCUGGGACUCCAUUGGCAGACCACAUUGACCGAUUGGCUAGGCCUCCUCCACACCCGAUGCUGCUGCGUCUUGUGGCCCAGCAUCGCCUUUCUCUUCAGCUCCAUUGGUGUCGGCCGCUGGCUGGCCCUCACCCGCCCCCUCGGCCGCCUCACCCUCCUCUCGAAUCUCACCCACCUGCAUGGAUGGCACACCGACAGGGCAGACAUACAGACAGGCAGACAGACAGUCCAUAUCGCUUGCCUGCUGAUGUGUGUGCGUGUGUGGGGGUUGUCUGUGCCCCCCCUCCCGCCCUCCCCUUACCGGCUGAGCAUUUUCUGGUGCUUCCUCCUCCUCUGCAGGGGCCUCCUCGGCCGACUCCACAGCAACUUCCCCCUCGCCCUCGCCCUCAGCAGCUCCGGCCUCCCCAGCCUCGCCGCCGUCAUGGUCCUCUUCCACAGCACCGCCGGCCUCUCCCUCCUCGUCUGCAGCCACAGACGCCUCGCGCUCCUCCUCUCCCACAGCCUCAGCAGCCUCGCCCUCGCCCUCGGCUGACGACGCCGCGUCUUCGGCUCCUUCUGGGAGCUGCUGCUGGGGCUGCUCUGCGGGAACCUCGCCCUCCUGUGGCUCGGCCGGUGCGGCUGUGACGGUGGCUGGCGGCUCGCCCUGGUCCGCGACCUUCUCCUGUUGGAGCUGCUGGUAGUACUCCUGGAUGGUGACCUUGUAAUUUUGAUUGGCGGUGCGCUCGGAGAGGGUGUAUCUGAUGGGCACACACACGGACAGCAAUUGCUGGGCGGCUGUUAGGUGCGUGUGGUCCAUAGAUCCGCCAGUGAGUGAUGUCUGUGUGUACCGACCUGUUGUACCAGGCGCCUUUGUAGAAUAGCCAUCGUGCCAGGUGUGGGCUGCCCUGGAAGGCCGCCACGUGGUGAGAUGUCAGCUCGCACUGCACAAAGACAGGACAGGAAGCCAAUACGUUGAUUCGUGCGUGUGUAUGUGUGUGUGUGUGUGUGUGUGUGGUUACGGGGUCGCAUAGGUUGAGGAUGCAGCCCUUGCUCACGUAGAGCUCAACAAUCUGACACACACACACACACACACACACACACCAGAACAGACACUCAGUCACUCCGGUGGCCAGCUGCCACUCUAUCUACCCACCGGCAGUCUCUUGCCCAUCACUGCGCGUGUCAGAGGCGUGUACCCAAACUGACGGACCAACACACACACACAAGACAGUGCAGUCAAGGUCACACUGGCAUCCAUCAUCCAUGCCAACCCCCUCCCACACACACACACACACACACACACACACGGACCUUGUCAGUAGCGUUGAGGUUGGCCCCCCUCUCGAGCAGCAGGUUGACGAUGUUGAUGUGGCCGUAGUAGGAGGCCUCGUGGAGGGGCGUCCUGUUCUCAAAGUCGGCCUUGUCCACCGUCGCACCCUUGUCUAGCAGGUACUUGCAGAUGUUCUCGUGACCCUUCCAACUCGCCUGCCAUAACGACGUCCGAUGGUACUACAACACACACACACACAUGUAUGGGGGGUGGGUCACCACGUCGUCUCUCUAAGUUACCGGCGGUUCAUCGAAGUCGAUUUCUGCCUGUUGUCUGACGAGUGUGUCGCACUCCUUCAGCUGGCCCAUCCGGGCGGCCGUCAGCAGCUUGCGGCUGUUCUCCUGCACACCGCACCACACACACACACACACACGCGCACAAGCAAACACCCCGGUGUCUUGUCUGAUGGCUCUGUGUUUUUCGGCGUGGGCCUGGAGGGGACCUCUUGGCCGCAUCGGUGCUGCCUUACCGUCAUGUUUUGGAGGCAGGGCGGUGGUCAAAUCGGACGAAACACGUUGGUUGAGGGCGUCGGUUGGGGCUCGGUCAAAGUCGCUUCAGAACGUCGUUUGCAGAGCUGGAUGGCUGUCUUCACUGAGAGUGUGGGAACGUUGGGGUGUGUGUGGGGAACUUUGUCUGCCCGAG